UCCCGUUCCCUGUUUUCCAUGCAGGCUCCCCUAGCAUUUCCCAGUGCUUGAGCUUUGUUCUCAUUGCCAUUUCUGCAGCCUUCACCUCCCUCUCCGUCCCCGUGUCCCCUCAGCCGUGUCCCUGGGCCUCCAUCCCCAGCCCAGCCCAGGGAGGCCGAGGCCUGAGGGCAGAGCUGUGGGGACCCUCCUGGAGCCCUCCCAAGGAACACAGCCCACAGAGCCCACAGGCUCUGCAAGAGGCCAGAAAUGAACCCGGAUGCUCUGUUCCAGCAAAUACAGUUCAUGGAGAAGCAGGCGAGGGAGAAGAGGAGCUUCAUCCAACAAGCUAAAUGCGACAUAAAUAGAGGUUACGAGAAAAUUAUCCAAAUGAAAGAAGAGCUGAGCGCUGCAAAAAUUAACUUAGAAACCAAGGUUCACCAUCUUUCUGUAAAGCAGUUCAAUGCAGAAACUCUGAAGAAACAUGAAGACAGCUUAGAAAAACAAAAAGCUGAACUUAUGAAUCAAAGAGCCAGUCUUCUUAAAAUCAUGGCAGAUGCAAAGAAAAAAAUUACUGAAGAAGAAGAUAAUUUUACCAGAGAAGUAACAGAGUUUAACAAUGAAUAUGGACUAACAAGUAAUAGAGAUCUUCUUAUUAAAAAGAAAGUCAGGACUGAAAUAAAUGAUUUAGAGAAUGAGGCAUCUCUGUUGAAAAAUGAAAUGGAGUCAAUGGAACAUAAAAAUGUUCAGUUAAAUGAACUCCAGCUGCAGAAGGAUGAAUUAAAGCAGGAUUUAUUUGCUCUCCAAAGUGAGCUCAAAGACCUUGAGAAAGCAAUCAGGGAAGCUGAAAGAAUGACAAAACAUUUAGAAGCAGAAAAAGUUCAAGUCACUGAAAAACCUCAGACUGAUCCUGAAUGUUUAAGACUUAAGAAAGAAUUGGAAAAAUGCAAAGAUGAUAGCUGGGAAAGUGUCUGUGAGACUCUUCAAACAGAAAUUGAAAUUCUGCAAAUGAAUUUAUCACAAAAGAAGUCUUCAGGGAAAUGAAUAAUAUGUGGUAUAUAGUAUGGAGUGUCAUAGAAGCAAAUCUGAGAAUUUUUAAAUAGUUUUAUUCAGGUUCUAUCAGAUUUUUUUUCUUUUUUUUUGUUUGUUUGAUUAAUUCACAGUUUGUA